CGCCUGAGAAGGAAGCAAUGGCUAAACAAGAAUAGACAGAGGGAAUUUUAAGUUGAAAAAAUCUGUUGUAGAAAAGACUAAAGGAUCGAAAAUCUUCCUAACAAACAAGGAGAAAAUACAUGCUAUUUUGUCGAAACUGGGUAAAGACCUAGAAGCUAAAGCCAAAGUCACUAAAUCCUCCGAUCCCCUCCAGUUUUCCUAUACAAACAUCGGCCAUUUUCUUAAUAAUUUAAUAGAUUGGCUUUAAAUCGUUAUCUUUAAUAUUUGUAAUUUUGUUUCAAAUGAGUAGAAGUUAUUGUGAUUAUAGUGUAUGAAAGGUGUCUUUAGUUGUAAAAAUUAACUUAUACAAGUAGGAUUUCACAAUUCUAUUAUGGAGGAAAAUGAGGAAGCUGGCCCUACUGUACGAAGAACUCGUUCUGCAAAAGCUGCUAAAACUUCUCCAGUUGUAAAACCAGUAAAGCACAAGCCUGGUCCCUUAUCAAGGAGAACUCGCAAAAAAGUUGUUCUCAUGGAAGUAGAAGUUUCCGACGAAGACGAGGAAAUUCCACAAGAAAAUAAAUCUACUGUAAGUGAUGCUGACGAGAAAAAGGUAGAAGAUAAGUUAUUGGAGUCUCCAGAUGAAAGCAAUGAUUCCGUUGAUCAGAAAAGUAUUAAUUCUCCAUCAGGAAAAAAAACAAAAGUAAGUGACGAAGGUGAAGGAAAUCAUGACCUGAAUGGAAAUGGAGGAGACAGCAAAACCACUAAUUUGGAUGAUUCGAUAACAGUGGUUUUCAAUGAUGUUGAAAUGCUGGAAGAAGCAGACGUAGAAAGUAACUUAGAGGAGAAAGGUGCCAGUGAGGAAAGUAGGGUAGCCGAAGAGAAAAUGAAUGUAGAUGACGAACAACAACCUGAAUCAGCAAAGCUCUCUUCAGAAAAGAAGGAAGUUAAAGUAAAAACAUCCUUAAAAGAAAAAGCUCCACUUGAAACACCUGAAAAGAAUAAGCCUGAACAAUCUAAAACAGAAACAUCCGAAGAGGAUUAUUCUAAGAAAAAAAAUGAAACAGAUGAAGGAAAAAUUAAAGAAUCUGUACCCAAAAAAGAAAAAACUACUGAAGAGGGGUCGUUAAAUGAGAAAAAAUCUGAAACAAUAAAAGAAAAAGAAAUGAAACACGAGGAGAAAGCAGUUGAAGAAAAUAAAAGUGACGUCAAAGAUGAUAGGAUUAAUGAAGCAUCAAAAACACUUGGGUCAGAGAAAGGUUCUGUUGAAAAAAAUGAAACGACAACUAAAAUAGGAAAAGAAGAAUCUAUCACAACUAAAGAAAAACAAAAGGUAACCUCUUCAAAAAAGAUUGAAAGUGAGUUCUCACCUGUGAAUAUCAAAUCUGAAGAAGAAACAACUCAAAGUACAAAUGAAGAAAAAAAAUCUCAAAGUGCAACUGAAGAAAAAAAAUCUCAAAGUGCAACUGAAGAAAAACCUAAACAUGAGGUUUUGGAAAAAAAUAUAUCCAAGAUUUCGGAAGAUUCAACUGAAAAAUCUAAAAAAGAAUUGCUUACUGAAGAAACGCCUAAAGAGGAGCCUAAAACUAGUUCGGAUAAAGCAAAAGAAGAAAAGGAUUCUGAAAUAACCAAAAUGGAAGUUGACGAAGUUCAUGAUGAAAAACCCGCCUCUGUCGGUCAGAAGACAUGUUCAGAGGUUAAUCUUGAAGAAAAUAAGGAUGAAGCACUGAAAAUUGCAAACGACACAGAGACAACUAAACCAAAAGAGGAAGAGAAAGAAAGUAAAAAGGCAGAUAAGACAAUCGAAGAGAAACAAAAAGGUGAUCCUGAUGCUGAAAAUAUUUCCGAAGAUGAGCUUCCAAGUGUUCAGGCUGCAAAAGUUCCAGAAGCUGAAGAAGUUUCUGAUGAAGAAUUACCAGGCCCCAAAAGAGCAGAAUUACCAGCAGAUACAGAGGUUGUUUCAGAAGAUGAGCUCCCUAGUGUGAAGAGUGACGGGAAAAAAGAAGGUGUAAAACGUAAACUGGAUGCUACAGAUUAUGAUCCUGGCUCCCCUACCUCGGAGAAUGAAGCUCCUUCAAAAAAACCUUCUCUUGAACCUGCUGUAGAGAAAGAAAAGGAAGAAAAACCAGCAAAACCAAAAAAAUUACCAGAGCUGGAUAAAUAUUGGAAAGCUGUUAAUGAUGACCCCACCGACUUCACUGGGUGGACCUACUUGUUACAAUAUGUUGAUCAGGAGAAUGAUAUGGAAGCUGCUCGUGAGGCUUACGAUGCCUUUUUAUCUCAUUACCCUUACUGCUAUGGGUACUGGCGUAAGUACGCUGAUUAUGAAAAAAGGAAGGGCAACAAAAAGAAGUGCGAGGAGGUGUUCGAGAGGGGGCUAAAGGCUAUUCCAUUGUCCGUCGACUUGUGGAUCCAUUAUCUAACCUAUGUAAAAUCUACAAGGACCGAUGACGAAGAAUUUAUUAGGUCCCAGUUUGAAAGAUCCAUUACAGCAUGCGGUCUUGAGUUCAGGUCAGACAGGCUUUGGGACUCAUUUAUCAAAUGGGAGGCAGAAGGCAAAAGAUUACAGAGAGUAACAGCAAUUUAUGAUAGGUUGUUGGCAACUCCCACUCAAGGCUAUACUAGCCAUUUUGACAAUUUUCAAGAGCAUGUUGCAUCUAAUCCACCAAAUAAAGUCAUCGAAGUGGACGAAUUUUUGGCCCUCCGCAAAGAAGUGAAGCACAUGUUGAAACACGAUGUAACUACUGAUACUCCAGCUGAUGAUGGGGAUUCACCUCCUGGCGAUGAAGACCAAAAUAAAGUGGUCAGUACUGAUGAAGAGACCAAGUCUAUCAGAGAAAGAAUUGUUUCCAUUAGGAGAAAAGUUCAUAAGGCCACUGUAAAUGCAGUGACAGCUAGAUGGAACUAUGAAGAAGGGAUAAAACGUCCUUAUUUUCAUGUGAAACCCUUAGAAAGAUGCCAGUUAAAGAACUGGCAAGACUAUUUGGAUUAUGAGACUGAGCAAGGAGAUAGAGUAAGAAUCAUUGUACUGUUUGAGAGAUGUCUCAUAGCCUGCGCUCUAUAUGAAGAAUUCUGGUUGAAGUUUGUGCAUUACUUGGAGGGUCUCAAAGAUAAAGAAAUGCAGCCGAAAAUAAGAGAUGUAUAUGAACGAGCUUGUACCAUUCACCACUUAAAGAAACCCAAUCUUCAUUUGCAAUGGGCUCUGUUUGAGGAAGAGGCAGAGAACCCAAACCGUGCAGCUGAAGUUCUGGUCAAUUUGGAAAAGUCUGUGCCUAAUAUUCUACAAAUUGCCUACCGAAGGAUUAAUCUAGAGCGUCGACGAUCAGAUUAUGAGAAGUGUUGUCAACUUUAUGAACACUACAUAAACAACUCUAAGAACAAAAUGAUUAGCAGCAACAUCGCCAUUAAGUAUUCCAGGUUUUGUUUUAGAGUCAUAAAAGACAUUACAAAAGCUCAGGAGGUAUUGAAAUCGGCCAUCACCAAAGAUCCCAACAAUCCUAGGUUGUAUUUGCAACUCAUCGAUCUUGCUCUCCAGAAAGAAAAUGUCUCUCAGUCAGAGGUCUUAGAAGUGAUUGACUCGUUUUUGGAUAAAGAUAGUACAGACAUAGAACAAAAGGUUCUCUUUGCUCAAAGAAAAUUGGAAUUCGUAGAGGACUUUGGGUGUGAUGUACAAUCAGUGCAGCUUGCUUAUGAUCAGUAUCAGAAGGUCCUUAAGCAAGGCAAGGAGAGUAUUAAAAAGAAGGAAACGAAAAGUGAAUCUACUGCACCCAGCAAGAAAGAGAAACCUACAGCACAAUCAUCUUCCCAGUCGAGUACCUACAAUUAUGGAGCUUAUGGAAACUCUGCAACGCAGCCUGCCUAUCCAUAUUCUGGUUCUCAACAGCAGGGACAGAAUUACUAUCAGCAGUAUGGUCAAAGUGGUGACCAAUACCAAUAUCAGAACUGGCAAUACCCUCAAGGAGGAUACGGAGGAUAUAACCAGUGGGGUAGUUAUGGUGGGGGAUACGGGUAUUAAAUGUCUGUUUUCUAUAUUGCUGUUUAAUUCAGAUAUUUUUUGUAAGUGUAACUCAAUACUUCUUUAUUGAAACACAUAUUUUCGUUGAACAAAUAUUUUGUUUUGUUUUUUUGGAAAAAAUUAUUCUGAAUAUUUUACAUGAACACAAAAGGACAAUUUUAAACAGUCACAAAAUUUGUGUAUUUAACUAUUAUUUUUUUUAAUUUAUGAUUGAUUACUUGUAAAUUUUCAAAGAAUAAAAAAAUUCUAAUCAAAUGUACACUUACAGAAACUCUAUGAGAGCAAAUGUCAUUGGAAUAUUUCUGAGAAAGGUUGAAUGUUUUUAUAUAAUUGAGUUUCGUAAUUAACUUUAAUUGUUAAGACACUUUUAUGUAAUUAGUAGCAGAAUAUGAAAAUACAUUUAGUAGUAUAAAAUAUA